ACCCCGUGGGUUAGCCUAUUAUAAUCACCUCCGCCACCACCACGUAAACCCCAUCUCCCUCCCUCCCUCUCUCUCUCUACAAAUCCGAUCCCCAAUUUCUUCCAAUUUUCCACAUUAUUAUUAUUACAAAAUUAUUCUUAUUUUUUAUUUUUAUAUAUAAUAAUCCUCUAUCCUUUUUCUACACUGUAUCUCUCUAACUGUAGAGAGAGAGAAAAAAGAAGAAGAAGAAGAAAAACAACCAAAACAAGAGAGAGAAACACAAAGCUCCUUCUCUCUCUCUCUCUCUCUAUUUCAGAUCUCUGUUCAUUAUCUCCUUCUAUUUCUUCUUCCUUUCUUUUUUUUACUGACAGAAUUGCCCCUCUCUCUAUAGCUCGUUCGCUCGUUUGGUCUACAGCCUUCUAUGCUGCGCCUUUUCAAUUCGUUUUCGCCGAAUUUGACCUUCGAAAUUAGGGUUCCCGGUGCUUAAUUGAAAUCAAUUUUGGUUUUGGUUUUGAUUCUUUGACGAUGAUAAUUAAGCGGAACUUGAAAUCUCAAAUGCGGAGUUUAAAACGGUGUAACAAACUCGGCGACAACUCAGCUUGUGAAGAAGACGACAACUCACCUUUAUCUCGGAGGAAGAAACGCAAGCUUAAGAGCAACAGCCACCACGGAAGUAGUGGUUAUUAUCCUCUCAAUCUGCUCCGCGAGGUCGCCGCCGGUGUGAUUCCGGUGAGUUUGAAGUCGUUGAAUGGAUUCGCUGCUGCUGCUUCUUGGUGUACGGAGGUAUCAUGCUCGCCACCUGAAUCCAAUGCCCGAGAUUCAACGAAGAGAAGAGCGGUGAAUGACAAUGGUAAUUGUAAUAGUAAUCGGACGGUGGAGGUUUCGCGACCACCGCUAGUGCGGACAUCGAGAGGGAGAGUUCAGGUAUUGCCUUCGAGGUUUAAUGAUUCAGUUAUUGAAAUUUGGAGAAAAGAAAGUAAGACUAAUUUGCAUGAUUAUAGCUUUGGUGAUAAUGAUAAUGAUAAUGACGAAGAUGUUGUUGAUGACGAUGAUGACGAUGUUGAUUAUGAUAUUCAAUUUAAUAGUAAUAGUAGUAGAAAGGUUAAAGUGAAAGAAAAAAUGGGUUUCGGAUUGCGUAGAAUGGGCAGAAAUGUUAGUAAAGUGAAGAAACAAAGCAGGCAUUGUGCUGGCAAGUAUGUGGAUACGUGUGAGGAACAGGAGGAGAAAGAGGAUGAUGAAGUGAAGUUUAAGGGUGGUUUUGAUAUGAAGAAGUAUUAUUCGAGUUGUUCACGUAGCACGCUUACUUCGGUGCAUGAGAAUCUGGUGGUGGAUGAUACUGAGUGUGGUGGGGUUUUGGAUUCAAGUAGCGGGGAGAGGAAAGAAGAUGAGUUGUUUGGGCCGGAGGAUUUUUAUUCGGGGGAUAUAGUGUGGGCGAAGUCGGGAAACAAAUAUCCAUUUUGGCCAGCUAUUGUUAUUGAUCCAAUGACACAAGCACCCGAGUUGGUUUUGAGGUCUUGUAUUGCUGAUGCAGCUUGUGUGAUGUUUUUUGGUUGCUCUGGAAAUGAUGGGAAUCAAAGGGAUUAUGCUUGGGUUCAGAGAGGGAUGAUCUUUCCGUUUAUGGAUUUUCUUGACAGGUUCCAGGAACAGUCUGAAUUGGAUGGCUUCAAUGGUGAUUUCCAGAUGGCGUUUGAGGAGGCAUUUCUGGCUGAACAGGGGUUCACCGAGAAGUUGAUACAAGAUAUGAACACAGCAGCUGGGAAUCCGAUUUAUGAUGAAUCUGUGUAUAGGUGCCUUCAGGAGGCUACUGGCUCAAACCAGGAUCAGGACUUUCAUUCUCCAAACCAGGACAUGAUUUGGAAGAAUAAAGACAAGGGACCCUGUGAAGGUUGUGGCACUAGCCUUUCUUUAAAAACUGCAAAGAAAAUGAAGGGUUCAAACCCUGGUGGCCAGUUCUUAUGUAAAAAAUGUGCUAGGCUAACAAAAUUAAAACAUUUUUGUGGCACUUGCAAGAAGGUUUGGAAUCAUUCAGACAGUGGGAGCUGGGCACGCUGUGAUGGUUGUAAAGUUUGGAUCCAUGCAGAGUGUGACAGGAUUUCCAGCAAUCGUUUUAAGGAUCUGGGGGGCAUUGAUUACUACUGCCCUACUUGCAAAGCAAAAUUUAAUUUUGAAUUGUCAGAUUCAGAAAAAUCGCAGCUGAAAUGCAAAUCAAACAAAAUUAAUGGUCAACAAGCGCUACCUAAUAAGGUUACUGUUAUCUGCUCAGGAAUGGAAGGCACAUAUUUCCCAAGUCUACACAUGGUUGUUUGCAAAUGUGGGUUCUGUGGUUCAGAAAAGCAAGCCCUUAGUGAAUGGGAACAGCACACAGGUUCCAAAAUUAAGAAUUGGAGGAUCAGUAUUAGGGUGAAAGAUUCCAUGCUACUGCUAGAGCAAUGGAUGAUGCAGUUAGCAGAGUACCAUGCGCAUGCCUCAUCUACUAAACCUCAAAAACGACCUUCCAUUAAAGAGCGGAAGCAGAAGCUGCAUGCUUUCUUACAAGGCAUAUACGAUCCUGUUUUUACAAAGUGGACAACAGAACGUUGUGCUGUUUGUAGAUGGGUAGAAGAUUGGGACUACAACAAGAUUAUUAUCUGCAACAGAUGUCAGAUAGCUGUUCAUCAAGAAUGUUAUGGAGCACGAAACGUGCAGGAUUUUACUUCUUGGGUUUGCAAAGCAUGUGAAACACCAGAUGUUAGGAGGGAGUGUUGCCUUUGUCCUGUUAAAGGUGGUGCUCUAAAGCCAACUGAUGUUGAGUCAUUAUGGGUUCAUGUUACAUGUGCCUGGUUUCAACCCGAAGUCUCAUUUGCAAGUGAUGAAAAGAUGGAACCUGCUCUUGGAAUUUUAAGCAUCCCUUCAAAUUCUUUUGUAAAGAUUUGUGUUAUUUGUCAACAAAUUCAUGGUUCGUGUACUCAAUGUUGCAAGUGUUCCACUUAUUACCAUGCAAUGUGUGCUUCGAGGGCAGGAUUUCGCAUGGAGUUGCACUGCUUGGAGAAAAAUGGGAGACAGACAACAAGAAUGAUUUCAUAUUGUGCAUAUCACAGGGCUCCAAAUCCAGACACGGUUUUGAUCAUACAGACUCCUGCAGGAGUGUUUUCUGCCAAAAGCCUUGUUCAAAAUAAGAAAAGGGCUGGUACAAGGCUAAUUUCAUCUAAUAGAAUAAAACUUGAAGAUGAGUCAAUGGAAGAAGCUACAAAGUCUGAGCCACACUCUGCUGCGAGGUGUCGGGUCUUCAAAAGAGUGAACAGCAACAAGAAGCGAACAGAAGAAGAAGCUAUUUACCAUCGAUUGACAAGACCUUGUCAUCAUCCUUUCUUAGAGAUACAGAGUUUGAAUGCAUUCAGAUUAGUAGAGGAGCCGAAAAGUUUUUCUUCUUUCAGGGAAAGGCUUUACCACUUACAGAGAACUGAAAAUGACCGAGUUUGCUUUGGGAGAUCUGGAAUACAUGGAUGGGGCCUCUUUGCACGAAGAAACAUUCAAGAAGGAGAAAUGGUUCUUGAGUAUCGGGGUGAACAAGUGAGAGGCAGUAUUGCGGAUCUGAGGGAGGUGCGCUAUCGAUUAGAAGGCAAAGACUGCUAUCUUUUCAAGAUCAGCGAAGAGGUAGUGGUAGAUGCCACAGAUAAAGGAAAUAUAGCGCGCUUAAUAAACCAUUCUUGUAUGCCAAAUUGCUAUGCAAGGAUCAUGAGUGUGGGCGAUAAUGAAAGUCGUAUAGUCCUUAUCGCGAAGACAAAUGUACCUGCUGGCGAUGAGCUAACGUACGAUUACUUGUUCGAUCCUGAUGAGCCUGAUGAAUUCAAGGUUCCCUGUUUAUGUAAAGCUCCAAAUUGCCGGAAGUUCAUGAAUUAGGAUGCAAACACAUCAGCCAUUGUUUCUCCACAAGGAGCUCUAACCCUAUCCCAUGCCCGGGGAUCUUACAGUCAUACAGAAUUUGUAAUUUGUAAUUUUUUUUUGCCAAAAGAAAAAAUGUAAUUUUUUUUUUUUUUUGACAUGCUCUGAGCUUAAUAAAAUUUAUAGGCUUGCCUGCUGUUUUAGGUCAGGCAUGGUGUA